AUGUCAUCCGUUGCGACUUCAGAUCUUCCAAAUACAGCCACUCAAGUUUCGAAAGGCAGGAAGCACAAGAAAAAGAAGGGUAGCAAAGCGAAGCUGAACGGGGAUCUGGGAAAGGUCAAUGGCGCUAAAGCAAAUGAUGAACACGAAAACGAUGACGGGGAUGGAGAAGAGCAGGAAUCUAAGACACCUUCAGAGCCACCGAGCUCGCCUCAAAGGGCCGAGAUCGACCUGGGACACCCAAUGACCAAUGGUACACCGAGAAGAACCAAUGAUGUCCCCGAUAGGUCCGUCGAGGUGGAUUCCCAAGAGCAAUCUGUUGCCGAGGAAGAGUCACCGACUUCUAAAGACGUUGUACUUGGUGACAAAAGUACGGCACCUACGACGACUGAUACAGAUGCGAGAUUGGAAGCGUUAGUAAGUGAGCGGGCUGCUCUUCGGGAAGAGGUAGCGCACGUUCGGAGAUCUCUCGAAGAGAUACAAGGAAAGCACGAAGAGGAGCUUGGCAGUAUCCGGAAGCAGCUUGCGGACACACAGGGUGAGAAAGAACAAGCUGAGACACAGUAUCGAAAUUUGCUUGGAAAAGUCAACACGAUAAGAUCACAACUGGGUGAACGGUUAAAGGCAGAUGCUGAAGACUUGUCGCAGGCACGGAGUCGAAUGGAAGACCUUGAGGAGCAAUGCGGCAAUCUACGUGAACAAAACGAGGCACGUGCUGCAGAACUGGCAACGAUUGUAGAAGAGGGAGAGCAGAGAUCAAAAGAGUUAUCGAGUCUUCGGAACAGAACCACUCUUUCGCAGCAAAACUGGUCUAAAGAGAGAGACGACUUAAUACAGCGAGAAGCCCAUGCCAAAGAAGAGUUUGAAGCCGCGAAGCAAGCUAUGGAAGAUUGGGAGGUCCUUGCAAUGGAAGAACGAACCAUUCGGGAGAGUAUCGCAGAGCGGGUCGCAGAUCUGGAAGAGCAAGUGGCGAGCCAUCGUGAAGCCCAUGAACGAGCAGCCUCGGACCGAGAUAGUCAGUCGUUGACCGUCGACGGGCUUCAGAGGGCACUUCAGGAAAUCCAAGAUGCUCGGAGACGUGAACUACGAGAGCUUGUAGAAAACUCGCAAGCACAGGUCGAAAAAUUACAGAAACAACUUCAUGAAGUUGAAGGAAGAGCAGCUGACGCUACUACUUCGCUCGAGUCAGCGAAGCAGGAGCUUGAGAGAGCUUUGCCUUUCGAGAAAGAGGUGAAGGAGAAGAGCCUUCUUAUUGGAAAACUUCGGCAUGAGGCAGUGAUUUUGAAUGAUCAUUUGACAAAGGCGUUGAGGUACCUCAAAAAGGGCAAACCCGAAGACACCAUUGACAAACAACUCGUCACCAACCACGUCCUGCAUUUCUUGGCUCUGGAAAGAGCCGAUCCCAAGAAAUUCCAAGUAUUGCAAAUAAUUGCAAGUCUACUAGCCUGGACAGAUGAACAACGAGAACAAGCUGGUCUUGCGCGACCGGGUGCGUCGAACCCAAAUCUCCGCGUGCCAUUAUCGCCGUGGCAUAGGACGCCUAGUACACCAGCCUUAUCUACCGACUUCUUUCCCGAAGGCGGCACAAGGAAGGAAUCUCUUGCAGAACUUUGGUCCGACUUUUUGGAGCAGGAGGCACAAGAAGGAGUCAAGUCUCCCAGGUCGCCUAGCAGCUCUGGUGGCUCCAAGCCUCCUUAA